CGAAAAAGAAAGAUCUAAAAAAAUCUUUCUUCACCCGACUGUUGAGAGUUUCCGUUUUUUAAAAAUCUUCGCCAAAACAAGAUAAGCAAUGAGAAUGAAAGGCACUUGCAAAGCAGAGAAGACAUGGUGAAUAAUGGAAGCUGGUAUUGAUGAAUAUGGAAAUAAAGGUUUGUGUGGCCUCAGAAUAAAGAGGUUGGUACAACAUCGACACUUCUACUAUCGGAUAAAACGAUAAAAGAAACCUAAAGUUGACAAGUUUUAGGGGUUUUGCUUCUGGGUUUCAUCUCUGAGAUUUGUGUUUUGAUUACACCCAAGUUUGAUACUUUCUUGGGGGACUGGGUUUUGACUAUCCAGGAGAUGGUGAGAGGGAAGAUUCAGAUGAAAAGAAUCGAAAAUGCGACAAGCAGGCAGGUAACCUUUUCGAAACGUCGAAACGGGUUGUUGAAGAAGGCUUAUGAGCUUUCGGUUCUUUGCGAUGCCGAAGUUGCAGUGAUCAUCUUUUCUCAGAAUGGCAGGCUCUACGAGUUUUCCAGCUCUGACAUGCAAAAGACUAUAAACCAAUACCAUAAACAUGCAAAAGGUGUGCAAACCAACACUAUUGAAGUGGAACAGUGUAUGCAGCAAUUGAAGCAUGAAUCAGCUGACAUGGCCAAGAAGAUUGAGAUCCUAGAAGCUUCUCAACGGUUUAUGACUGAGAGGCUUUUGGGACAUGACUUAGAUUCUUGCUCUGCUCCAGAACUCAAUCAGAUCAGUAGCCAGCUCGAGCGAAGCUUGUGCAUUGUACGAGAGAGAAAGCUUCCUUCAGGCUCAGCUAUUCAUGGAGCAGAUAGAACGACUAAAAGCAAAGGGGAGGCUCCUCUUAGAAGAGAAUAUAAAACUACACACAGAGUGUGGUGCAAGGCGUUGUCAGAAACCUUUAAUUCAAAAAAAAGGAGUUGGGGCGGCAAGUUGUAACUGGAAGAAUAGUAGUCAAAGUAGCAGCAGUCAAACAAUUAGUAAUUCAGAUCAGGUAGAGACUAGAUUGUUCAUCGGACCGCCAGUGUUGCACUCUGGAUAAUAUAUAGCACAGUUUUCUGUUAUCUUCUGAAAGCCAACACCAACAUCCCAGCUGGUAUUGAACAUGAGCAAGGAAAGAAAUAAUAAUGCUCUGUCUCCGAGCAAACCCUGUUUGAUAUAUAUGUAUUUGACUGGUGCAGAAGACCAGAAGCCUUGCCAGUUGCAUGUAUCUGAUUAAUGUAGGUGUAAUCAACUCAAUUCAUGUAUUUGGACCGACUCAAAUUCAAGCUCAAACACUAAUUGGGCCUCAUGUAUUACUUCGAUUGGGGAAUUUCACUUUAGCUUAUUA